GGCUGUUAAAUUGUUGUAGAUGUAUUCCUGCUCGCGCCAGUCCAAAAGGGGAUUCACGGCAACUAUAAAAAGGACAGAGUGGUUAUUGGGGAUAAAUAGAUAAAGAGUCAUUUUAGCAGUUUAUAGUUUCACUAACUAUAAAUUGCACGAACGCUCACACUCACAAUUCUAAUCUCUCCAUAAACGUAUAGCGAACAAAUAUACCUUCAUAUUGUGUAAAACAAUCAUAAGUAUGCUUUUUCUAAACACAUGCCAUUAGUUGUGUGUUCAGUAAGUGAGGUUAGCAAGAUUAUAAAUUGUGUUAUUUAUGCAUGCAUUUUUUCAUGCAACUUUUUUGUCAUCAUCCACAUUACCAACUGCGUUAUAUGUCUGCUGUACGUUGCUUUUGUUGUCCCAGAAGUCACUGGGUGCCACACGUUUGUCUGCUCUUUGUUCUCUUUAACAAGUGUUUUUUCACAAACGGUUCAACUAGAUGGCGCCAUUGCUCUACAAUGAGCUCCAUUUACUCACCAACUUGACCCUCUUGACGUCAGAGCAGUCUAGAGCAUCAAGGCCACUUCCAAAACCCUAUUGGUCUGAAAAUCACAUGACGAAGCGCCUUGAAUCCAUAAUUAUGUAGCCGAUAUUUUUCGCUCCCCCCCACCUCCCAAAAGAUGUCAGCGUCCUACUGUCCCUAUCCACUCCGACAUAAACGAGCUUGCUUAAAAACAUAAGAAACAACAACACGCCCAAGUCAGCAAAAUGUCAUGUCCGAACAACGUGGCAGCCGGCGCGUUUCUGAUGGAAUCACUGGUGGGAGAAACGUCUCCAUACAGAGGUGAAGGAUAUUCUACCAACUCUGGGAUGUACAUCUCAACGUCCGCAGAAUAUGGCUGUCAGAUGAGAAAUUUAGGCGUUGCUGGUCUUUCCCACUCCAAACGGGAUGAGCUACCACCGAGCACUGUGCUAAUCAGCGGCUAUGAGCACGCGCAUUACCUGUCGCAGCGGGACGCCUGGACGACCGCCUCCAAAACUUACAGAGGUGCCCAACCUGUUGCCCAGCCUUUGCACCCAUGCUCUUUUACAAGUAGUGGCGUCAAGGAAGAAGCUAUACCUUGUCUGUAUCAAUCUGAAAUCGAUAGUCCCAAGAAGUCUACGGACUCCACCUAUAUCCGACUGGGAGACAAUAGCAACCAAACUGAUCAAAGCGGUGUCUCCUCCGUCGGGUAUUUCCGAGGGAACCAGGUGUAUACUGAAAGAGUGCAUGAGGACGAUGGGUUCGACACGGACUUCAGUCGUAUUUCAAGAAUAACAGCUCCCACAAAGACAAGAGCCGUAGAUUCGUUUGUCAAGAGGAGCAAGUCGCAGCAGGACGCAACGGGCGAGGAAACGAAUGCGGAGGAGCAUCGUGCGGAUAAGAGACAGCAACUAAGGAAAGAAGAUGGCGGCCCGAAGACCGACAGCUGCACAGAUGAUUCUGAAAGCGAAAUGAAAGAUGAAACAAAGUUGGAAAACACUACGGGGAACUGGCUAAAAGCUAAAAGUGGACGGAAGAAGAGAUGUCCUUACACAAAGCAUCAAACACUUGAGCUUGAAAAGGAGUUCUUGUUUAACAUGUACUUGACUCGAGAGCGCCGUCUGGAGAUCAGCAAGAGUAUCAACCUCACAGACAGACAGGUCAAGAUUUGGUUUCAGAACAGAAGGAUGAAACUGAAAAAACUAAACAGGGAAAGUCGUGUCCGGGAGCUAACGGGCUACAACUUUAAUUGAAGACAGAACAAAAAAGCAAAAUCCGAAACAGUUACUUUUAUUUUUAUCGAUACCUCGGACUUAUUGUCUCAUACACACGCGCGCGCGCGCACGCACGCAAACACACACACACACACACACCUCGGCUUGAGCCUAACUUAAUAAUGCCGCUCAGCUUGCCGUAAAUGUGUAAAUUAGCGCACAAAAAGACAUCAUAGGCUUGUUCAAACAUUGGGCAUGUCUUGCUAUGCGCAAUCUACUGUACCUGAUGUCUUAGAUUAGCUUGUUUGUCCUUAGUGCGCGUGUGUCCCAAACAUUGCGUACUAUGUAAUUUGCAUGCCUACUGUUCAUUUUGUCAAUUUCAUUUUCAAUCGGCAUUGUUGAAUAAAAGGGGUUUGGAAAUAUAAUGUCCUUGUAUCUCCUUCCCCUUGUGCCCUAGUAGAUCCUCUUUAGCUUUCUGUUGAGAGAGAGAAAUAACGGUAAUAGCCAGAGAGAGAGGGAGAGAGCGAGGAAAAGAGAGAGAUAAAGAGAGAGAGAGAGAGAGAGAGUAGCACUUUCAAUGAGAGUGGGAGUCCCCAUAACGUUGAUUUAAAUAUUAUCCAGGUGACCACAGUAAGUCAAGGUCAUAAAAUUGUAAUGUCAUGACGGUCCUGCAAAGCGCUGGGGGUGGAUUUUAUGAUCUGCAAAUAUAAUGUGCUGGUGCAGUAAAGAUGCAUUAAAAAGCGGAGUGGAAGAAGGCUAAUUCACAUACCCGAGCCUGCAAUGUGCUGGCCUCACUGGCGCGCUCUGCGGGCUGUUAGAGAGGCAGGAAGACGACUUAAUGGCAUGGAGGAGCGCUACCCCUACCAGCCAGUCAACAUGGAUGUACGAUAAGCAUCAACAACAACAACAAUCAAACAAUCAAUCAAUCAAUCAAUCAAUUAAUCGGUGGAUCAUAUCAUGUACAGAUGUGCUGAUUUGAAGAAAGGCUGUAAAGGUUGAUCAAUGCUGAUAAGUCUAGGAAGAGAGCUUUAUGGACACGGAGACGGUGUCUUCCUCCGGCAAGAAGUUGCAGGCACUUUGCAACUCGGGGUUUACGCACUCCGCCAGGCUAUUGGCUAUUGGACCGUCACGUGACUCAAGGCUUCACCCGCAACGCCUAGGCAAUUAAAU